AUGGGAGUAAAAGCUGCAACAGAGUCUAAAGCUCAGGAUCAACUAAGGAGUCCAGGUACGGAGAAUCAUUCUGAGAAGCGAUCAAGGCGUAAGAAGGAUGAUCACGGUGUUGGUGACAAGCAUCAAGAUAACAGUGAUGAUGUUGGUGAUGACUACGUUAAAGAUGACUACAUCAAAGAUGGAAAACAGAAGGGAGAGAAAUCCAGAGAUAAAUAUCGGGAAGACAAGGAAGAAGACAUCAAACAGAAAGGUGACAAGCAGAGAGAUGACCGACCUGUUAAAGAGCAUCAUAGGUCUGAGGAGAAGCUCCUCUGGGAUGACAGUAAAAAAAAAUCUAAAUUUCAGGAUAAUGACCAUGGCCAUGAGCCUGACAGUGAACAUGAUGGAUAUCAUGAGCGUGAACGCAACCGGGACUAUGAGAGAGAAAGUGAUCGAAAUGAACGGGACCGCGAACGAGCUCGUGAUCGUGAUUAUGAGCGAGAUAGGGACCGUGAUAGGGAUAGGGAUAGGGAACGUGAUCGCGAUCGUCGGGAUUAUGAGCAUGAUCGUUACCAUGAACGCGAUUGGGACCGUGAUAGGAGUAGAGACCGUGACAGGGAUCAUGAUAGGGACAGGACCCAUGACAGAGAAAAAGACCGUAGUCGUGAGUAUUAUCAUGAUGGGAAAAGGAGUAAAAGUGACCGGGAAAGGGACAGUGAUCGCGAUGUGUCGCGUCUAGACGAUCAAAGUGGUCGUUAUAAGGAUAAGAGGGAAGGUAGGAAAUCUCCAGAUUAUCAAGAUUAUCAAGAGGUCAUCAUGAGCACUAGAAGUAACAGAGCAGAGCCUGAUGGUGACGUGAUAAGAUCAGAGCGUCAGCCUUCCAGCUCGGUUGUUAAAGAAGAGAAUGGGAAUGUGGCGGAUCAGAUAACCAAAGGGGUCUCUUCCAGGGAGGCGGCCGAGCUGUCUGGAGGGUCGGAGAGAGGUCCAAGACAUAGAGUUUCUGAGAAAACAGUAAAGAUGGAAGAUGGUAUUUUGGGCGAGUUUCAGGGUGAAAGGUCUUCUGCCACAAAAGCUUCACCUCGACCCAUGGUUGAAAGAUCUCCCUCUUCAACGAGUCUCGAACGGAGAUACAAUAAUCGGAGUGGUGCAAGACGGAGUCUUGAGAUUGAAGAAGCAGGUCACAGGAACAACGCUAGGGAUUUUUCGGCAGCUGAGGACGAAAGGCUUCUGGUAGAUGAGACAUCUCAGGCAGAAUUAUCUUUCAACAAUAGAGCCAACCAGAACAAUUCUUCUUUUCCUCCACGACCUGAAUCUCGGAGUGGCAUCAGUAGCCCUAGAGUGAGCCUUCGUGACGAUGAUAACAGGGGCAAUAACGGUGGUCGUUAUAAGAGAGGCGUUGAUACCUCUAUGGGAAGAGGGCAAGGUAAUGUAUGGAGAGGUGUCCCAAGCUGGCCAUCUCCACUUCCAAAUGGAUUUAUGCCAUUUCAACACGUUCAACCUCAUGGAGGUUUCCAAGCUAUGAUGCCUCAAUUCCAGUCUCCAGCUAUCUUUGCGGUGAGGCCUUCAAUGGAAAUGAAUCAUCCUGGAAUCCCUUACCAUAUACCUGAUGCUGAGAGGUUCUCUGGUCACAUGCGUCCACUCGGGUGGCCGAAUAUGAUGGAUGGCUCAGGCGCUUCUCACAUGCAUAGCUUUUUUGGGGAUAUGAGUAAUAGCGUUUACAGGGAUGAGUCAAACAUGUAUGGAGGACCUGAGUGGGACCAUAACAGGAGGAUGCAGAGCCGGGGUUGGGAAUCUGGUGCAGAUGAAUGGAAAAACCGAAAUGGAGAUGCAAGCAUGGAAGUCUCAUCAAUGUCUGUUAAAGAUGACAACUCGGCACAGGUUGCUGAUGAUGAGUCUCUUGGCGGCCAAACAAGCCACUCUGAUAACAAUAGGGCAAAAAGCGUCGAAGCUGGGUCGAAUCCAACAUCUCCAGCAAAAGAACUGCCUGCGAGUUCUCCCAACACUGAGUUGGAAGUUGUGGCGGAAGAUCCUGUGCCAGAAAAAAUUGAUAACACUGAACGUUAUCGCCGGCAUUAUCUCUCAAAGCUUGAUAUAUCGGUAGAGCUUGCUGAUCUUGAGCUGCGGGAAAGCAUUAGCUUAUUGAUGGGUGAAGAACGUCUGACAGUUGAUGAUGGACCUGCUGUGUUUGUAAAUCUCAAGGAAGGUGGGAAGAGAGUGCCCAAAAGCAAGAGUACUUCCUUGACGACCCUUUCACUGUUUCCUUCUCAAAACAAUUCAGUGUUUCAGAUAGCGAUGGACCUUUACAAGAAGCAAAGAUUUGAGUUAAAGGGUCUUCCAAAUGUCGACAAUUACGGGCCUCCUCGAGCCUCUCCUUCCAAUUUGGUUGAAAACGAUACCAAUGAUGAUGUGAAUGAUGCCAUGAAAGGAAAUAGUUUCAUGGAGACAUCAGAUGUGAAUAUUGCGGAUGUGCCAGAUCCAGAAACAUGUCAAAAGGAACAGCAAAAUGUGUCGUCGUCACCUGUGGAUGCUGGAAUGGUGAUAGAAACAAAAGACGAAGGAUCUUCAUCUCCCAAUGCAGACAAGUCACCUGAGGCUCCGGAGGCUGUGGUUCCAGAUCACAUUGAAGGUUAUGAGCAAGAUGCAAAGUCAGAUGAAGGAAGUGAUGAAGACCAGACAAUGGAGACAAAGUCAGAUGAAGGAGCCGGUGAAGACCAGACAAUGGAGACAAAGUCAGAUGAAGGAGCUGGUGAAGACCAAACAAUGGAGACAAAGUCAGAUGAAGGAGCUGGUGAAGACGAAACAAUGGAGACAGCUCCUGCACAUGAUGGUGGUCCAGAAGGUGAUCCUGUUACCUUGAAUAUAGCUUCACCGGCUCUCGUGGCUAUGGAGGUUGAUGAGCACAAGAAGGAUUUGGCUGAGGACGAGAAGAUGGAAGAAGAAGAAGAAGAAGAAGAAGCAGAAGAGAAGAAUGAAGCUGAUGAUGGUGAUGUAGUUGUUGGGGAUGUAUCUCCGAAGAAAAUGGCAAAUGAGAAACAACUUAGCUACACAAACCUCCCCUAG